CUGAUGCUGUUCAGUGUUCACUCCACCAGCUAGCAUCAGCUACGCCUACGGGCAAGCUGCUGUUAGCAUUUACGAGCUUGCCUUUUUACAACAACACAUGCAUUGGUACUUCGUAUAUGGAGUUUGCAAACUAUAAUGCUGGUCUGCAAAUAUCCAGUGACUUCCCCUAUCCAAGCAAAAAGCCCGACAUAUCGACAUAUCUAAGUGGUGUGUGAGCAUGGAUCCGACCUGCAGUGCCUCUACGGCCCCAGCUGGUCUGACGGUGCAGGUGUGUUUCCCCGGGGCCCGAGCUGCUGUUCUAGACAAUCUGAACCGGCAGCGGGAGGAGGGCCGGCUGUGUGACCUCUCCAUCCAGGUGCAGGGCCACGUGUUCAGAGCCCACCGCUGUGUGCUGGCUGCCUCCUCGCCUUACUUUCAUGACCAGGUGUUGCUGAAGAAUGUCACCACGGUCUCCCUCCCCUCAGUGAUGGACCCGGUGGCCUUUGAGAGCGUCCUGAGCUCUGCCUACACGGGGCAGCUGAGCAUCGUGCACGAUGAUAUAGUUAACUACGUCACCGUGGCCAGUUUCCUACAGAUGUGGCACAUUGUGGACAAAUGCACAGAGAUCCUGAAGAGGCCCCGUCCUCCAGUGGAAGCCCCCUCUGGAGAGGCUGCUGUGGCUCACCCCGGCACAGCGUCUCGCCAGCAGUCCCCCAGUAGCACCGACUGCUUAUAUCUGGAGAGGGAGGGAAGAAAGAAGGAGAGAAAGCCUGAUGCCUUGCCUCCUUUAGCCACAUGGAGACGCCCGCAGCAGUUUCCUAGAUGGGGUCGACCGCGGCCCUCCUCAGCCCAGCACUUAGCCGACUCUCAGCUGGACACUCUGCCCGGCUACACAGAGAGUGAUUACACCAGCUGUGAGGAGGCGUGGGUAACAAGCCAUGCUAAAACCAGCCACUUUGCUCAUGAUGGAGCGGGCCACAAUAGCCGUUGCUAUGGGGGCUUCCCCGGUGGUGAGGCUUUAAAGCAGAAAGUCAGGUUUCAGCAGCGGGGACCAUUGCCCAGCACUGAGAGACUGCCUGAGAAGAUUAGAGAGAGCGCUGACUGUGAUGAGACACCAGAGAAGAAGAGGAAGGACAGAAGAGAGAUUGAGGCAGAUGAGGGAGUUGGAGAAGUGGAGGUGGAGAAGAAGGGAAGCUUUGCCCAAAUGGGACACUGCGACUUCCACUCAAUUUCAAAUGAGAAUUUAGGCUGUGGUCCGGCCGCAGGAAAAGUGAUUUUGGAGGAGACCAGGGGGAAAGUUCAGAGGAAUGUUCCCAGUGUUCAUGACUGCCAAACGGGUGAGGCAGCUCCGGGCACUUCCUGUCCAGCUUCAGCCCGGCUGCAGUGGCAGACAGCGCCUUGGUCCCAGCCAGAGCAGAGGCCGCAGGAGGGGGGGGGCUGCAGUAAAGGUCAGGAGGAUGAGGAGGAGGAGGAUGUGGACUUUGGAUGCUUCACAGAAGGGGCAUUCAGCAGGGACACAUACGAUGAGAUUGAAGACUGCACGGGACAGGUUUCCCAGAGGCCUCUAGUGCCGGUGUCUCCUGACUUCACCACGGCAGGAACAGAAGUGAACUGGCCCUCCACCAGCGUGGGACAGGGCAGCUCAUUGACCCCCACUUCAAGUCGCCAAGUGUCUCUCCCCUCUGCCACAUUGCCGCCACCCUCCUCACCCCCGACCCCCUCUUCAUCCUCCUCAGUGUCGCUCGCUGGUGCCCCCUACAUCGGCAAAGUCCACUUCUGCCACUGUGGCAAAGCCUACACCCUGAAGAGCAUGCGCGACCGCCACGUGAAGAUGCAGCACCUCAACCUGCGGCCCUUCGGAUGUCCUGUUUGCACAAAGUCCUUCAAGAUGAAGCACCAUCUAACCAAGCACCUUAAGACUCACGGGGGGCUGCGGCCCUAUGAGUGCGGCCUGUGUGGGAAGAAGGUCAUCUGGAGGGACAGCUUCCUCCGGCAUCAGGCCCGGUGCGAGAGACUGGCCUCCAGCUCCUCGGCUAACAGCAACAACGCUAGCACAGCCGCAGCAGGGAUGGCUGACAGCUACAGUUACGGAUUUGAAGACGGGGGGGCUUUUCUUGCAGCAGGAGGACAGGUGAAAGUGGAGCAGGCAGAUUUUCACGGGGAGAUGGAGGGCGGGAUGCAGGGCCUGCUGGGCAGCGUGUCGGGGAUUGUGGAUGAGUUAAGAACUCAGUCUCAACAUUUGGACACAGGUAGUCAUGUUUUUAAAGAGGAGGCGAGUGAGAGCUUUGGCGCAAAUUAGUAACCUAAAUGUGAAACUGUUUAUAAAUAAAUUCAAGGAAGUUAUAUGAUGACUUUAAAUGUCACAAAGGCUACGGAUGCCUUAAACAGCUAUUGUUUAAAUAUUAAAUUGUCUCUGUUUCCCCAUAAUAACAAAACGUUUUUUUCUUUUUUCACUCCUGCUGUUAGUAUACAUCUGUGUUGUGAAUGUACUUCGAGAGCCCAAUUUAAAAUAGUUUGCGUUUUGCACAUACAUUAUUUAUAUUUUUUAAUUGUAAUUGAUCUUCAUUAAAAAAUAGAAGCAAGGGUCUAAAAAUGUGUUUUAGGCCAUA